AUGGUGGUGCUAUCAGCUGCCAUCGUGAAGAAGGAUAAGACGUUGGUAGCACGGCAGUUUGUGGAGAUGACUCGGCUCCGGAUCGAGGGCCUGCUGGGAGCUUUCACAAAGCUGGUCGACAGCGGCAAGGACCACACCUUCGUCCGGGCCCUGGUCGAGACGGAGCGGGCGACUGAGCUUCGGACGAAUCCUGUGGCCAGGUCUGUCCGAUACGUCUACCAACCCAUGGAGGCCUUGAACCUCGUUGUCAUUACAAACAAGGCGAGCAACAUCCUGGAGGACUUGGAAACUUUGCGGCUGCUGGCCAAGGUAGUGCAGGACUGCUGCGAGAUCCAGGUCUCCGAGGAGAACGUGGAACCACUCGGCCGAGCGGAGUGGAUGAGUACCGUUUGGAGUCCAUUGCUUUUGCGGGUGAGAGAUCACAGGCUUUGCGAGUGCCAGCAUUGCACCGUCGGAUGCUGCUUUUUACAGUCUUUGCUGCGAACCUUCUCUUUGCUCAGGUGCUCAAACACGCCUUCGACAUAG